AUGGCCAUGGGACUAAAAACCGUGCCUUUCGACAUUUCAACAAUUGAUGAAUACAAUCCUGACCGGGUUACAAAGGAAUCGGGUUUUUAUGUAACUGGAGACGUAGUUGUAGUGGGCGCAUCAUUAGAGGAACACAACAACCGUUUGGAAGAGAAAGAGGUCACCUUCUUGAGCCAUGUAGCAAUGGCGUUUGGACUGAAACUCGACCCAGCUGAAAUGGAGACCAUCAAAACUUACCCCCAACCAAAGACGACAACGCAGUUGAAGGCUUUCAUCGACCUCAUCGGGUACUACCGUCGUUUUAUAAGAAACUUCAGUAAAAUAGCAAAGCCAUUGCACAGUUUAUUGAAGAAAGGAGUCCUUUAUGACUGA